AGAUUGCAGAGGAACGAUUUCUUUUUCUUUUUUUCUCGCUCCGCUGCCGAUCGUUUCACGCGCUUUAAGUACCCUUCUCCCCCCUCUCUCUCUCUUUGCGAGUAAUUAGUACCGCAAAGCCUUCCACUCUUCUCAUUAACAGGAAUUCCGAACGAUGAUGCGCCGUGUCUGCAGCAACACCGUGCGCCGCAACGGCGGAGCCAUGGCGAAGCUGGCUGAGUCGAAGGCGGUGGUGCGGUCUUCCCUCACGGAAUCUCGUCGCCACCUGGAGCCGAUGAGCGUGUGGUACCUGGCUUCGUGGACCUGUGCCUGGUGGUACUCCUUCUUCUUCUGGAUGCCCGUGCUGUGGGCGGACAUGAUCGUGCCGUCGUUCGUGUACAACAAGCUGCCCGUCAUCCACUUUAUUCAGGAGAAGCGCGCCGAGCAGAAGCUGCGCCGUGUGCUGGAUGAGACCUACACCCAAUGGAACACGGAGUUGGACGCGUCGCACAUUACCGAUGCCAUCUCUCGCACCUUCUAA